AUGGGUAUCAACAUCCACCAAGUACAUAAUGUUGUGCACUAUGGGAUACCCAGGGAGUUGGAGACUUUUGUGCAACAAAUGGGUAGAGGUGGGAGGGAUGGAAAACCUUCACAUGAACUUGUAUUGUUUAAGGCACAUAAAGGUUACUUAAAACAUGUUGAACCAGAACUUGUUCGAAUUGUCAAAGAUAACAGUGUAUGUCGAAGAAAUAUAUUAUGCAAUGCUUUUCAGACUAAACAUUAUGAACUAACACCUUUACAUGCAUGUUGUGAUGUGUGUGAGAAAAAGUGUAAAUGCCAAUUGGAUACCUGCCCAGAAUCGCAUGUUGCCAUGAAAGAUGAUGAUGAAGGAGGAUCUUCCGGAGAUGAGAUGGAGCGAAAUGUUUCAGUUGAAGAAAGACGUCUUCUGACACAGAAGUUGGAAUCCUUACAGUUUACAUUGUCUGACAGAUCAAGCGGUGGGCUUCUUAAUUCAGAAUUAGUCCAUGGAUUUACAAAGGAACUAGUGAAAGAUAUGGUCUCUAAAUGUCAUGUUUUGUUUACUGCAGAAGACAUUAUGCAAAAAUUCCCUAUUUGGUCUUUCUGUAUAGCUCAGGAGAUUUGUAAAAUAAUACUUGAUGUAUUUGGAGACGAAACAAUGUACAAUUUAGUAGACAGUGAUAGUUCCACAUCAGAAAAUUGA